GCCAACCCCGUCACAACGCGAAGCGGCGCCUACUCGCUCCGCUUCCGCCCCCUUCUCCUCCCUUCUAUUCGCUUCGCCUCCCCACCCGUCGCUCGCCUCCCGGGAUCUUCUCCCUCCUUUCUGCCGCCGCCGCCACCUCCCCCGGCCGGCGCCCACGCGCCCACUCGGCUUCUCAAUUCGAGGUCAGAUUCAAACCCCAGCCCGGGUCCGAACCCCGCCGAAUAUUUCUAGGUUUUGGUACGGAUCUAGGGUUUGCCGUGGCAUUCCGGCGGCCGAUUCGCUCGACUCGCUCCUGUAUCUCCACGGUUUGAAUUCCGUGCUUAUGGCCGCCGGGCGCCAGGGAGGGCACAGGGAUUACGAGGCGAGGGAGCGGGAGCUAGACGCAGAGGCUUCCAGGAGGAGCAAAGAGCAGAACCACCACAACCACCUCGGCGGCCGCCACCGAAGCGACGCGGACCGCCGCCGUGACAGCGGGCGCAGCAGGAGUGGUAGGGAAUUCUCCAAUGGAUUUGGCCACCGCCGCACGCCGCCGCCCAAAAGUCGCCUCUCGGGAAGGCUGGGGGAACGCGAGCCUGGUGAGGUGCUGAGCGGUAGUGCGUCAGAUGACUCCGGUGGGAGGACACACACGGUGGCGGAGAAUGUCGUGUCCAGUUCUAGCAGGGAGGGAAAGGUGGCGCCGGGGGCAGCGGCCCCGUCGCCAAGCAAAAAGAGGAAAUUCUCGCCCAUAAUUUGGGACAGGGAUAGCCCAAAGCCUCCAUUACAUUCUGAUAUAGCUAGUGGCAAGAAAGUUGUGGAAUCCUUGUCCGCUGAUACAGCAUCUGGGACGAAAGUGGUGGAAUCCGUGUCUGCUGAACUUCCUCCACCUCCCCCAUUGCCUCCACAGGGGCACAGCCCAGAGAGAUUGGUUGUGGAGAAGUCACCAAUGGAUGUUGACCUUGCUGUUGAUACUGAGGGCACUGAGCAGUUGCAUGAGCCGGAGGAGAGUAAAGUGCUGGAGGAAGAGGAGUACCCAACAAUGAGGAACAUAUCAACUUCUAGGUGGGCUGGUACUAAUGACGAGGAGGAGGAGAGUACAGCACCCAGGAAGAAGAAAAACAUAUCACCUGCAGAUUCUGCUGAGUUGAGGCCUGGUAAGAAGACUCCUAGUCCAGAACUUGGGGAGGUUGUGGUCAGUGAUAUCUCUGUUGGGAGGACCAUGUCAAGGUCCUCUGAUUCCGGGAGAAUGGGCAACGAUGAGAAGGAAGACUUGGAGGUAGAUAAAUAUGACUAUAUGGAUGUUGAUAGGGAGGAGGCUAGCAAUAGUGAUUCAGCAAAUCGUCUUUCUUCUGAUUCAGAGAAUGAAGCACGCAGGUCUGAAAGCCCUGAGCCAGUGAAGCUGGGACAUCGAUGUAUUAAUAUGCUUCAAGGUUGCAGAAGUGUUGAUGUUUUUGAGAGGCUCAACAAGAUUAACGAGGGUACUUAUGGUGUUGUGUACCGAGCAAGGGAUAAAAAGACUGGCGAGGUUGUUGCACUGAAGAAGGUCAAGAUGGAGAAGGAGAGAGAAGGUUUCCCAUUGACCUCUCUUAGGGAAAUCAACAUCCUUUUAUCUUUCCAUCACCCUUCAAUUGUUGACGUUAAGGAAGUAGUAGUCGGCAGUAGUCUAGAUAGUAUUUUUAUGGUGAUGGAGUACAUGGAGCAUGAUCUUAAGGGUGUCAUGGAGGCAAAGACAAUGAAACAGCCCUAUACCCAAAGUGAGGUGAAAUGUUUAAUGCUUCAGCUAUUAGAGGGUGUAAAGUAUCUCCAUGACAAUUGGGUACUUCAUAGGGACCUCAAGACCUCAAAUCUUUUGCUGAAUAACCGGGGUGAGUUGAAAAUAUGUGAUUUUGGACUUUCUCGUCAAUACGGAAGCCCACUAAAACCUUAUACUCAAUUGGUUGUGACUUUGUGGUACAGGGCUCCAGAACUAUUGCUAGGAACAAAGGAAUACUCUACUGCUAUUGAUAUGUGGUCCGUGGGCUGUAUAAUGGCAGAGCUUCUGGCCAAAGAACCAUUGUUCAAUGGGAAAACUGAGUUUGAACAGUUAGACAAGAUAUUCAGAACACUUGGCACUCCUAAUGAGAAGAUUUGGCCUGGUUAUGCGAAAUUGCCUGGUGUAAAGGUCAAUUUUGUCAAACAACCGUACAACAGAUUAAGGGAUAAGUUCCCAGCUGCAUCUUUUUCUGGGCGUCCAAACCUAUCUGAAGCUGGUUUUGAUCUGUUGAAUAGACUCUUAACUUAUGAUCCUGAGAAGCGUAUAACAGCUGAUGCUGCUUUGCAGCAUCACUGGUUUACGGAAGUUCCUCUACCUAAGUCGAAGGACUUCAUGCCAACGUUUCCUGCUCUCAACGAACUGGACAGGCGUACCAGACGGUAUUUGAAGAGUCCUGAUCCUUUAGAGGAGCAACGGUUGAAAGAACUGCAAGCAAAAGGCAGCCGUGGCCUUUUUGGCUGAGCUUAAACCACUUGUUUGGAUUUUGUUGGUACUAACUGUUAUGCUUCAACAUGAAUCAAUGAAGUCAGAAUUCUUCUGAGGUGAGAUGUGCCAUGGACAUGAAGUAUCACAUAUUCUUGGUGUCUACAAGCAACUGACAGCGCUCUUUAGCAGGCUUUGUGCUUAAGUGGAUGAGAUUUCUCCUCAUGGCCCAUCAUAGAAUUUUUUCUGCAGGAUUAGCAGUCCAACCAGAUUGAUCAUGGAAGCAAAUCUAAUCUUCCUCUAUCAUAAGGUUUGGCGUGUUGGCUUUUAUUGGGUACACAUACACAAAUUUCACCUUUGGAACUUCUGUAUGUAAAAUAUUCAGAUUGGUACGUUGUAAACAAUGCUCAGUGUGUUGGAUUUAAAAUAAGAUCCAUCUUGUUUUCCUAUGCUCGUAGCCCUUUUCUUUUGAUCUUUGCAUUUUGUUUGCAAGAGACGAAAGUGGCGAUUGGGAAGGAUGCCUCUUGCUUUUCACCAGGAAAUCAUGGACAGUAAUACAACUUGAAAGCUUAAGCUGUGACUGCUUCAAGAUAGGAAGCUUGAUGACUCUCAGCCUGUUGUAACUAAGUGACUAAAUGUUGUGGAAGGUCUUCAAGUGUGUUCACCUGUUACUUCAGUGAACCGUAGUGGUCACUGCCCAAUUCUUGCAGCCAUGUCAUGUGGAGACUUCAUUAUUUGAUGGUCGAUAUUGAUCAGCAGUUCAGAGUCAGUCUACUCUACCAAGGGAUGAAGGGAGAGCAGCAGAUUACACAAAACAGGAGAGGCAGUAGUUCAGUUUGCUGUUCGCACGUGGUUUGGCCUUGAGACAAACAGUACCCUGCAGGUCACUAGUCGAUGCAAUUACAUGUAAAUACAUUUCAAUUUAUUCUGUAGCAUCAAUAUUCAUACAAAUUUUCUUGUCAAGUUCGAAAAAUCAGUGGAAAACGACGGGAUAACGAUCUAGUACUA